GCUUAGCUUAAUGUUUGAUCGUUACUGCGCUAAUUACGUAUCUACCAAUCUACAUGGGCAGAUUGUGACCAAAUUUUACUUUCAACCGACUUUUUUUGUUGCGUUUUUAACUUUAGCAUUCCGUAACAUUUUUAAUGUAGCACUUGAAACGCUGACUUCGAUAUUAAGUAAAAGAUUCAUUGGUCCGAAAAAAACAACCGUCAGUAUAAUUGGAGUAAACAAUGUCGUGGAAAUCUUUAGGGCGUUUGCUAUCUGGAAUUAAAGGAGCUUACAAUGAUAUAAACCCUGCGACGUUAACUGGAGCUAUUGAUGUGAUUGUUGUCGAACAGAAAGAUGGUUCUUUCACUUGUGGACCGUUUCAUGUUCGGUUCGGAAAACUAACAGCUUUCUCUCCAACGGAUAAGGCUGUUGAAGUCUAUGUCAAUGGUGAAUUUGUCAACUUUUUACAGAUGUCUUUAGGAAGUGCUGGUGAUGCAUACUUUGUAGACUCUUCGGGUUCAACAACAGAUGAAUUAUUGACAGAUCCCAAUGACUGUCCAGGAUUUACAUAUGAUGACUCAUGGUCUGAGAUUCCCAUGCGGCGUCAUUCACGAAAGGUUCGACGGGACUCUGCAAUGAGUGAACCGGGUACAGAAUCUAACUUAAUAAAAGAAGAUAUAGAUGAAUUAUGUGGGACAAGUUAUGAAGUUUCAUCUGAUUGUGAGGCUUCAAGUGAUAGGGUUAGAGACUCCCGAAAGUGUUGGAAUUCUGUUGGUGAUAAAUUUGCUUCUGACAGCCAGUUGGACGAAAGUUUAAAGGAUACCGUAAGCAAUUAUAGUUACGAUUGGGAUCUGACGAAAUAUCAGCCACGUGGUAGCAGUUCUUGUGUCGUUAAAGAUGUCACAAAAAGUGACGUAGUACGAGACCCUCAUCUAAAAAACUUUACACAUGAAAAAGAAGUGUACUUGGAAGAACUAGUUGCAUCGGAAGUCGAUCAAAAUAUUAAAGAGGUGUAUAUCUACCCCCCAUCUCACGGAAAUUUCACAUAUCAGUGUCAAGGAUCAUACAACGCUAAUGACAACAACUGUGUUGACUACGGUUAUCGUUCCGACAACGAACACUCUCCGAGAAGCAUGUCACCCAUCCAUCCCCAUGAUUUAAGUUUAAGACUCUCGUUGUGUGGUGGUUUGUCUUCAGAUAAUCCUUGUUCUGAGGGGAAGUUUGUAGAGCACAUAGUUUCUUAUGAAGAAUUUAUACGUGACCCUAACACUAUUUUAUCUAAUCCCAAUCUUGUUGUUUACUUCAAUGGGCGUUAUUGCAAUUGGCAAGUAGCUGCUCCUUCUAUUGUCAGUUUACUUGCCUUUCAAACACAACUACCUUAUCUGACUUUACAAAAGCUAGUGAACCAGUACUUACCCAAAAAGCAGUCUCGACGUACCUCUUGGUUCAGCUGGGGUGCAAGUCAAACACGAACUGUGGCUACAAACUCCGUAAUUCCUGCUAAAACAGUCGAUAAUGCUGGAGAAAAACGGCUUGAUUCCAGUUCCAGUUCACAACCACCUCAGGUACACACCACUCAAAGAGUUACUAAAAUCAACAGACUUUCAUCAAGUGAAGUAGCCAGAUUGAAACUCAAACCUGGACGAAAUGAUAUUGAGUUUCGUGUCACCACAAAGUAUCAAGGGACUUGCACAUGUUCAGCUUCUAUUUAUUAUUGGCAUUGGUAUGACAAAAUAGUUGUUUCUGACGUUGAUGGAACCAUUACACGUAGUGAUUUACUUGGACACUUGCUUCCUAUGGUCGGUCGUGAUUGGACACACUCUGGAGUUGCUCGACUGUACAACCGAGUUCAAAAUAACGGUUAUCAGUUCCUCUAUCUUUCAGCCCGGGCUCUCGGACAAGCAGGUAUAACUAGGAGCUAUUUAAGACAAGUCGUUCAGGAUUCAGCAUCCAGGUUGCCAGAUGGACCAAUACUAUUGUCUCCGAAUUCUCUUCUCCAUGCCUUCCACCAGGAAGUCAUUAUUAAUAAACCAGAAGUGUUUAAAACGAAAUGCCUUCAAGAUGUAUGUUGUCUUUUUCCGAAGGGUUCCUCUCCACUGUAUGCAGGAUUCGGUAACAAGGUUAACGAUGUUUUCGCAUAUCAGAAAGCUGGGAUCGAGCUUUGCCGAAUAUUCACAAUUAAUCCGCGAGGAGAAGUUCGUAAUGAAUAUCAGUCCCUAAGAAGUACAAGUUAUCACGAGUUGGGAGAUUUAGUGGAUCUUCACUUCCCACCUCUUCGUAAGUACCAGACUACACAUAUACCACAUCCUGUUGACUAUCAUUCUAGUUGUGUUAUAAAGUCAGAAAAUUCGACGCCAGCUGUUGCACAUCCACCUGACACAUUUGAUCCCGUACUUGUUGAUUUAACCGCGUUCUCUAGUUUUUCGUUUUGGAAAUCUAAUUACGAAUUAUCUUUUCCUCUUCCAAAAACACUGGAAAAUUCUUAAUUUAUAUAUAUGAAGUACAUUUUCAAAUUGCCUUUCUUGUUGCUCGCUUCCAUUCUUGCAAACAGACACCCAUAUUUUUCAACAUAUUUGCCUUUCUGUUUUAUUAAGAAUGUUAUCUUUUACAGAGAUUAUUAUUUUCUAUUUUACGUACAAAUUGUACCUAACUAUUCGUAAAAAUGAACUUUCUGAGAUCAAUAAAGUGAUAACGAAUUAUUUAUACUUC